CGUUUCCACAGUACUCCAUAGCAUUGAGUUGGUGUCAAAAUCCGAGCAAUUCGAGCUUCUCAAAUACAAUGUCCUGCUCACACGAAGCCCACGAUCAUGACCAUGGGCAUGACGGUCAUUCGCACGACGUUCCUCUUGAAUCAUCCCCUCUUGACUCGCUCUAUACUCAGAUUGACCUUCCUAAUGUGAUGGCGCUUAAUGCUGAGGGAGGAGGCGAAGCCGGAAGAAAGGUGAUCAAGAGCUGGGAUAUGAAAGAAGAUGACACGAUCUGGCUAGAAAGCGAGAUAGAUGAUGAGCUUAUUAUUAAGAUCCCCUUCACAUCUUCAGUCUCUCUCCGAUCUAUCACUCUCAAGUCGGGACCUGGUGGCCAUACUCCAAGCGAGAUGCACCUUUUUAGAGAUAACCCAGGCUUGGACUUUAGUGACGCGUCAUCAUCUUCUCCAACCCAGUCCUUUGAUGUUGUCCCAAGAAAAGAAGGCGUCGAAUAUCAAGUCAAAGCAGCCAAGUUUAACGGUCUUACUUCUCUUACAAUCUUCUUCCCCGGUAAUACCGCUGAUGAUGACGAGGAGACAACCAAAGUCUAUUACAUCGGUUUGAGAGGAUCUUGGAAGCCGUUGCCCAAUCGACCGGGCGUUAUCAUCUACGAGUCAUCAGCCAAUCCAGCUGACCAUAAGGUGCCUGGUGUCAACGCUGGUGGUGCAACUCACCGACCUGGGUAUUAGUCCAUGGCCAUAUUGAAUUCGAGGGUAGAUCCCGAUGCAUUAAGUUAUUAUUUAUUAUUUAGUUGUAUUCACAGUCAUGUUGAGCUGGACAAAUCAUAUAUUGCUUUCGAGCAGCACAUUAGAGACACCUAUGCAUAUCAUACAAAAAUUCGACAGG